AUGGUCUUACUGGAAUCGAAUUUUAAUGAUCGCCUUGCAUGGCGACGGGUUGUAAUUGCGCGACAAGCAGUGCGACUUGUUGACAACACUCAGUGCGUCUUACCGGCGUCAGACAAUGUUUACGAACGAAUUUUAUUAACACGUUGUUGUUUGACUUUUAUCUGGAGACGACAGAUUGAUCUCGAUUGUAAAAUGAGUAACAACGCGAAGAGGACUAUAUAUGUCGGUGGGUUGGCUGAGGAAGUAGACGAAAAGGUGCUUCACGCUGCGUUUAUACCAUUCGGAGAAAUCGUCGAUGUUCAAAUACCACUAGAUUACGAAUCUGAGAAGCACAGAGGAUUUGCAUUCAUAGAGUUUGAAAUUGCUGAGGAUGCUGCCUCAGCAAUUGACAAUAUGAAUGACUCUGAGCUUUUUGGCAGAACCAUAAGAGUAAACAUAGCCAAACCGCAAAAGAUAAAGGAGGGUUCAUCUAAGCCAGUUUGGGCAGAUGAUACUUGGCUCCAGGAACAUGCUGGAGAGACACUAGAAACUGAUGACUCUACGGCAAAAGUUGAUAGCGGACCUCCAGCAAAAAAAGGAAAGCAAAAUCCUCAGGUCUACUUUGAUGUCAGUAUAGGAAAACAGGAGCUGGGCAGAAUCAUCAUGAUGCUUAGAGCUGAUAUUGUUCCCAAAACUGCAGAAAAUUUUCGUUGCCUCUGCACACAUGAAAAAGGAUAUGGAUAUCAGGGCAGCACUUUCCACAGAAUCAUUCCAGAUUUCAUGUGCCAAGGUGGAGAUUUCACAAACCAUAAUGGAACUGGAGGGAAGUCUAUAUAUGGAAAUAAAUUUGACGACGAGAACUUUGAGCUCAAACAUACGGGUCCUGGGACCUUGUCAAUGGCAAAUUCAGGCCCUAAUACAAACGGUUCUCAAUUUUUUAUGUGCACGGCACGUACGGACUGGCUUGAUGGAAAGCAUGUCGUAUUUGGUCACGUUCUUAGUGGAUUAGAUGUAUUAAAAAAAAUGGAAAAAUGUGGAACCAAAGGAGGUACCCCUACUCAAAAAGUGGUCAUCACAGCUUGUGGCGAGCUGACAUAAUUAACUGAUAAAAAAAUGUUAUUUUAUUAUAGCUUUCUAAUAAACUCUAUAAUACAUUGUAUAAA